AUGACUUCUGCGGGUCGCCGUGUCUGUAAUCACUGCGGCUUUCGCUAUACUAUUGAGAAAGUCAUCGGAGAAGGUGCUUUUGGCACUGUUUAUCUUAUUUAUAGCCUUGAAACUGGAGAGCGUGUCGCUCUAAAAAAGAUUUGUGAAGAUACACGUUAUAAAUCCCGCGAAUUAGAAACUCUUCAAACAAUUCACCACCCAAAUUGUCUAACGCUCAUUCAUCACUUUGUGAGUGAAUCCCAAUCCACUAAAAUGCUUUACUUAAAUCUCGUUACUGAAUAUGUUCCAGAAAACCUUGCAGGUGUUGAGCGCCAAUAUCUUGCUGUUGGGCAGACACUUCCAACAUUUCUAGUUAAAUUGAUUUCUUACCAACUUUUAAGAGUUUUAGCAUAUCUUCACGCCAAAAAGAUCUGUCAUAGAGAUAUUAAGCCGCUAAAUAUACUUUUGCAUCCAUCGAACUGUCAUUUAAAGCUGUGCGACUUUGGUUCUGCAAAAUUCAUUAAAACUAACGAACAAAGUAUUUCUUACAUUACAUCUCGCCCGUAUCGUGCUCCAGAGCUUAUCCUUGGCGCAUCGCAUUACGAUGGUGCAAUUGAUAUAUGGUCAGCUGGUUGCGUAAUUGCUGAAAUGUUAUUAGGUCAGCCUUUGUUCAAUGGCGAAAGCAACCCCGAGCAAUUACUUGCUAUCAUACAUAUAUUAGGUUCCCCUACACAUUCUCAGCUUGUAGCAAUGAAUCCGCAGUGUGCUCAAUUUGAUUUACCAUCGCUGCCACCAUUACCAUGGAAAAGUGCAUUUAGAGCAUCAGCUGAUCCAUUAGCAGUUGAUCUUGUAUCAAAAUUAUGCGUCUACAAUCCACAAAACAGACUUCGCGGAUAUGUUGCCUUACUUCAUCCAUUUUUCGAUGAAUUGAGGGAUUCUAACUGUUCGCUACCUAAUGGAAAGGAACUUCCUCCGCUAUUUGACUUCACAGCUGAGGAAAUGUCUUUCAUUGGUCCAGAUCUCAUCAAACAGCUGAUUCCAAAGCAUUUACAGCUCGAACACCCGAGCAUUGACCAGAUAGAGCAUCCUAUCGGUGACGUGAUGUGCUUCGAAGAGGAUGGAAAUAACGAAGAAGAUCCCGAAGAGGGAGAAGAGGAAGAAGAAGAAUAA